GAUUAUGCAAGCAGACGUGGAGUUUGCCUACGCGAUGUAUGUCACCGCCCCCUUAAUCAAGCAUGUCUAAUCGGUGACGCCUGUCAAACAUCAAAAAGGAUGUAUCUAAACGAAAAAAGACCAGCAAGAUGAAGGGGCGCUUGUGAAAAGCUUGAUUCAGAUCUACAACCAACGCGGGUAAGUGCCGAUUAUCCGAUAGAAUUCUUUCCCUGUAACUUUCUUGAUAGAGAACCCAAUGGUUCUUUAAGUCGAGGUCUAAUAUUUAUAUCUUUUACGUCGUUUCUCUUCUCCUUAGAAUUUUCUCUCACCAAUAAUCAUUAUCAUAUUACUUUGAAAUUAGAAUAUUUCGUUGGCUACGAUGGCCGGAACUAAUGGCCAUGAAUUGGUCCGUAUUGAGACGAACAUUCUCCCCAAAGGAAAGCUAAUAGUGGUUUUCUGUGGAUUAGCUUUUGCUCUCCUCAUCACUUUUAUAGACCAAAACUCCAUUGGUAUAGCAUUACCAACAAUCGGAGCUGAUCUCAAUGCCGCAACUACAAUUGCUUGGGCAGGCACUUCAAGUUUGAUUGCCAAUACAGUUUUCCAAGUUCUUUAUGGAAGAAUAUCAGAUAUUUUGGGAAGGAAAAUAGUGUUCCUCACUGCUGUGGGAUUAUUGGCGCUAGGAGAUUUACUUUGUGGGUUUGCUCAAACGGGUCCCCAACUUUAUGUUUUUAGGGGCAUUUCCGGUGUGGGGACCGGUGGGAUCAUGGCCUUGGCUAUGAUGAUCGUAUCAGAUGUGGUCACUCUGGAGAAUCGUGGAAAGUAUCAAGGGAUCCUGGGAUCAUGUGUCGGGCUGGGUAAUACCAUUGGACCAUUCUUGGCCGCCGCUUUUGUUGAGAAUUCGACGUGGAGAGGCCUAUUUUGGUGUAUAUGUCCGCUAGCUGUGCUAUCAGGUAUUAUGGUAGCAUUUACACUCCCUCCAAGUAAAGUCCAUGGCUCUACAGCAACCAAAAUUCGAGUCAUCGAUUACCCAGGAAUCGUCCUUGUGACCGCAGCCAUUAUGCUUAUCCUGAUCCCCGUCUCGGGCGGUGGUACUUAUUUUGAAUGGUCCAGUCCCAUGGUGAUUUCCAUGCUCACACUGGGUGGCAUCUGCUUAGUAGCUUUCCUAAUUGUGGAAUGGAAGUUUGCUGUUAUGCCAAUGAUGCCUUUGAACCUUUUUAAGAACCCUGCUGUCUUCGCCAUUCUCACCCAGAACUUCCUCUUCGGUAUAGUUUAUUACUCGCACCUCUACUACCUCCCAAUAUACUAUCAGAACGCACGCCAAUAUUCACCUCUCAUGUCCGCCGCACUAACCAUUCCAUUCGUCGCCACUCAAUCCAGCUUUAGUAUUGUAUCCGGGCAAUACAUCUCCAGGACUAAACGUUAUGGCGAGAUCAUCUGGAUUGGGUUCAUUCUUUGGACUCUAGGAUCGGGCCUCGUUCUCUUGUUCUCUCGGGAGAUACCGAAAUGGAAAAUAGUCUUGAUCCUCUUAACCGAAGGUGCAGGAGUAGGAUUCGUCUUCCAACCUACCCUUAUAGCAGCACAAGCCCAUUGUACUAAGCGCGACCGAGCAGUCGUUAUCUCUACCAGAAAUUUCCUGCGUGCGCUAGGUGGCGCAAUUGGUCUAGCGAUUUCCUCGGCUAUUUUCUCGAACUCCAUAAAGUCCCGUUUAAAUACGCUAGCAACUCCUUUACCAGCAGGGUUCAAAGAGACAAUCUUAGCAUCGAUAUUGAGCGUUCCAAAUUUGAAUCAAUUGACGACGGUACAGAAAAAUGAAGUAUUAGAUGCGUAUAUGGGAGCAAGCAGAAGUGUGUUUUUGCUUUGGGUACCGAUUAUAGCGGUCUGUUUGUGUCUUUGCGUAUUGAUCAAAGAUAAGGGAUUGCAGAGGCCGGAUGAAAAACCGAUUGUCAGGGAAGAACAGCGGGAGGAGAGCAGUGGGAGUGUGGCCGGGAGUGAGAUUGUGGUGGAGCACGAGGCUGGCAGGGAGAGGGAUUUGGAGAGUGGGGAGGGUGAGAAGGUCGUAGGGCUGGAGAAACAUUAAAAGGAGCCUGCAGUUGUGGGGAAAAAAGACACUUUAUUUGCACUCUUGCUUGGGUUGGAUAAGAUGAAGGAGUUGUAUACCCCGAUUAGGCUUAAAAAGUGAUAGAAGACGACACUCAGGAACAUAGAACUGCCUUUAGUACGCAAUAUUAGACUAUCCUAAUUCAAUUACGAGAUAAUGAUAAAAAUCAGAAAUAACCGAAUCUAUAACUCA